CUCACCACGACCACCACGUACUGCUGCAGCUGCCAGAGAAGCAGCGCUUCGCUGCGAGACGGUGGCAGCACAAGCAGGCGCGGUCCACACUUAACUUCGCGCGUCCCAGUCUAACUAGCCUAAGGACAGUCUCAUAAACUCAUUAUAACACUGGAGGAUCGAUUUCAAAAUUUCUAACCAGUCUCGAACACUUGGGGCAUAGGAUCGCCCUCAUUCUAGUAUCCUAGGGCCUAAGGCGGAUUGCCACGGAAGGUCGAUCGUUGAGUGCCACGGGGUAAACGGCUCGCGUAGCCUCUCUCGUUCACGAACACCGCUUUUAGUCAUUGAAAGCCCUCUGCUUGUCGGGGUACGUGUCUCAGUAGUGCUGCUUGUUUGCGUGGCUUUGCCGCACAAAGAUCCUUGGUAGCGGACGAGCCCUGACAGGCGAUUGGGAGAGGCGCGUCUGGCGUCGUACUUCGAUUGGCGUCGUACUUCGUAGUACUCUCUAGAAGUUUAGAACAGCCAAUGCGACUUGGCGAGUAGCACCUCCUUAGCGCCUCGACAGCGGCUUAGUAGUACUUCGAUUGGUCGCAGCGGCCUCGUGCUUUGGUAGUAUAGUUGCUCCUCCGUUGCUGCUUACCUCGCCGCAUUGCCCUCGGCGCAUAACGCUCUCGCGUACGGGUACCGACGCACACGCAUCAUACGGCUGUUAGGCGCACAGACAACGAGCAGCGGAUCUCAACACUAAUAACGACGAACUAAAGGCCAUAUCUAGAGAGCGUUCCCAUCCGGUUUCACGACGAUCAGAACCAUGGAUCGCAAGAACUCUCCGCCGUCGCCAUUGUCGCCGUCGUCGCCGCCGCCGUCGCCCAUGUCCUUGUCGUCGUCGCGGACGUCGCACACGGUGUCGGCUGGCAUAUGGGCGAUGAAUAUCCUCGGUGCAGUGGGCAUCAUUAUGGUUAACAAGCAGCUCAUGUCCGCAUACGACUUCACCUUCGUCUCCACGUUAACCGGCCUGCAUUUCGCCGUCACCGCGAUCGUCGGCCUGCUCACGUCCGCUCUAGCAGCAGGAAACAGCAGCCGAAACAGCAGCAGCAGCAGCAGCAGCGGCAACAUCAGCAGCAUCGUUGUCAGCGGCGGCGGCGGCGGCGGAGGAGAAGAAGGAAAGAGACCGACGACAGGGGUGCUACCCCUGUGGGUGCUCCUAGGGUUCGCGUUGUUGGGGAACGCGAGUCUCGUCGCUACUAACUUCAGCCUGCUCCUUAACUCCGUGGGGUUCUAUCAGAUCUCGAAAGUCGCGGUGAUCCCGCUGGUGUGCGUCUUCGAGUCUCUGGCGUGGAGCCGCGCGAUUCCGAGCCGCGUGUGGGCGGCCAUGGUGGUGGUGAUGGUGGGCGUUGGGCUGUGCACGAACGCGGAGAUCACGCUGAACGUGGUCGGCUUCUGCGUCGCGUCCCUCGCCGUGCUCUGCUCCGCGCUGCAUAUGAUGCUCAUUGGCUGGCUGCAAGUCCACUACGCCACGUCAUCGUUCGACCUGCUGAGUCAGACGGCGCCGCUGCAGGCCUUCCUUUUACUACUCAUCGGUCCGCCCCUCGACUUCUACCUCACCUCGCGCUCGCUCCUCUCCUUCCGCUUCUCCCCCGGCGCCCUGAUCUUCCUCCUGCUCUCGUGUCUCCUCGCCGUGGUGUGCAACCUCAGCGUGUACCUCUGCAUCGGCCGCUUCUCAGCCACGACCUACCAGGUGCUGGGCCACGUGAAGACCGUCCUCGUUAUAGGCAUCGGCGUGCUCUUCUUCCGCUCGCCGCUGUCGCUGCACAGCAUGCUCGGCAUGUCGCUCGCCGUGCUCGGCAUGGCCAUAUAUGGCCAAGCCACGCAGUGCGGCGGCGUCAGCAGCAGCAGUGGUAAAUCCGGGGCUUUCAGCACCGGUAGUAGCAGCAGCGGCAGCCUCAGCAGCAGCAGUGGUGGUUUGAAGGAGGGUGGGGCAGUGAGGGCGGGGUGCAUACCGGGCGGCGUGGCGUACUGCGACGAUGGCAUGGGCGUUGUGAAGAAGGCGUGGGGCAGGGUGAUGCGCGCGUGGGCGUGGGACGAAACCCAGGGCUCUUUUGUGCCCGUGGCAGGCAGGGCAUCGGCAGGGGGGAUAGGGCUGGGGGCAGGGCUGGGAGUGGGAGGAGGAGGAGGAGGGGCGGCGGGUGGUUUGAUGGUGAGAGUGUCGGCUCCAGCGCCGCAGCUGCACGUGCCGCUGCUGCCUGCUAAAGAUGUGGAGGCAGGCAGAGGGUGAUGGCGAUGGUGAUGGUGAUGGUGAUGGGGACGGGAAUGGGGAUGGGUUUCAUUAACCGUUUUCGCUCACUACGCUGACGCCGCUGCUGCUGCUGCUGCUGCGGCUGCUGCUGCUGCUGCUGCGGCUGCUGCUUGAGGAUCCAGCCAACAGCAGUUUAAGAUAAGCGUGCCUGCCAGUCCUCAUGGCAGCUUUUUCAACGCAUCUGAGGGGAGCUCUAGCUGCUAAAACAAGCAGCGGCAGCACCAGCAGCAGCAGCAUCGACACCACCAGCAACGGCACCAGCUUCGGCGCCAGCAGCAACGGCACCAGCUCCGGCACCAGCAGCAGCAGCAUCGCGGCACCAGCGGCAGAAGGGGCAGAAGUGGCAGAAGUGCCUGUUUGGUUGAAGUGUCCUUUCCUGCAUGCUCCCACAAGCCCCACCAGCCCCACCAGCCCCACAAGCCCCACCAGCCCCACCAGCCCCACCAGCCCCACCAGCCCCACCAGCCCCACCAGCCCCACCAGCCCCACCAGUCCUGCCAUCCCUGCCAUCCCCAAGAGCUUCCCUCCACCCAUCAGCGCGGUGACCUGGUCUUAUGGUGGUACCAGUAUUUGGGAGGCAUGUGGUGAAGGAAUGCAUGCACCAUGCGCAAGCAAGCCAAGUGGUACAAUAUGCACCCCAGGGGCACAAAAGCCUAUGGCGCGCACUGCUUAGGGCUUUUGAGGCUCCUCAACCGCCGUAUAUGAUCCAAGGUGUUUAGGAGGCUGGAAUGCUUGUGUUAGGAGUAUUUGAUUCUAUAGAAGUUAGUAAUUUAUUUGACGAGUUUCCUUGGGCUGGUUCUUGCCAAGAGCCUUGUAUUAAUGGGUUGUGCAUUU